CGUAUGACCUCACCCAACCCGGCACCACCGUACGGCCUUCCCUCAAGUGGCCGUUAAUUAGCCGGAAAUUAUUUUCCAGAAGACAGUUACUCUUUCCUGGGAAAACCCAUUUCUCUCUCUCCUCUCUUACCUCUCACCUCUCAGAAGAACAAAUUCCCUAGAAACAAGACUCGAUGACAACCACCCUAGAGCUCCGACCCCUUGGCAACACAGGCCUCAAGCUCAGCUGUGUCGGCUUCGGCGCCUCCCCUCUCGGCAACGUCUUCGGCCCAAUCUCCGAACAAGACGCCAGCGCCUGCGUCCGCGAGGCCUUUCGCCUCGGCAUCAACUUCUUCGACACCUCCCCGUAUUAUGGAGGGACAUUGUCGGAGAAAGUGCUUGGGAAGGCAUUGAAAGCUCUUGGAGUGCCGAGAAAUGAGUACAUUGUGUCGACCAAGUGUGGGAGAUACAUCGAGGGUUUUGAUUUCAGUGCCGAGAGAGUGACUAGGAGCAUUGAUGAGAGCUUGGAGAGGUUGCAGCUGAAUUAUGUUGAUAUAUUGCAAUGCCAUGAUAUUGAAUUUGGGUCUCUUGAUCAGAUAGUGAAUGAGACAAUCCCUGCUCUUCAGAAAUUAAAGGAAGCAGGAAAGAUCCGGUUUAUUGGCAUAACAGGACUUCCCUUGGGUGUUUUUACAUAUGUGCUCGAUCGGGUGCCACCAGGUACAGUUGAUGUAAUCCUGUCAUAUUGUCACUACAGUGUUAAUGACUCAACAUUGGAGGAUCUUCUGCCUUAUUUGAAGAGCAAGGGUGUUGGUGUGAUCAGUGCUUCUCCACUUUCAAUGGGACUUCUUACGGAAUGUGGCCCACCAGAGUGGCACCCAGCUUCACCUGAACUCAAGGCUGCGUGCCAAGCUGCUGCUGCUUACUGUAAAGAGAAGGGGAAGAAUAUAUCGAAGUUGUCUAUGCAAUACAGUUUAUCGAAUAAAGACAUCUCUUCUGUACUGGUCGGAAUGAACUCUGUUAGACAGGUUGAGGAAAAUGUGGCAGCUGCUAUAGAAUUAUCUACAGCAGGGACGGAUGAGAUAGCUCUGGCUGAGAUUGAAGAUAUAUUGAAACCUGUGAAGAAUCAGACAUGGCCCACUGGAAUUCAACGAAGUUGACGACGAUGUUAUCUGCCUAUUCCGAGGCCCUUCGCUCGUUCGACUUUGUGACUUCCCUCUCUCUCUCUCUGUUGGUUUGUUCCAUAUUCAUCGAAAGUUACUUGUGUUUCUCUGGAUAUUAUCCUUAUUAAGGUUGUAUCUAUAUUUAUCAGAGGGCUGUUAAUUUCUGUCGAGGAGCCAAUUCCUCCUGAUUCUGAACAUCAAAAGCAGAUUGGAAUCCAACUUGCGUGAAUAAAAGGUUCCACAACUUUAA